UCUCACACUGUCUGACUUGACGCUUGGUGCCUCCGUUGUUGCACCGGCUUUUCUCUUGUCCUUUACUGCACGAGCCAUUUGUUACUGUCUAUAAAUUACGUGUUUUCUUCGUGUGUCUCCUGUGACACGGGGAUCAGCAGAGCGUGGUGUGCAGUCUUCACGCAGGGUUGCUUUGCGAAGAAGAUGCGCUCUCUGGACUCACUUCAUUGAUGGUCGUGAGCUUCCAUCAUAGGCCCUAUUCUCCGAUUACUGGAGCUAGUUCCUCAUAUGAAAAUGGUCCGGUGAAAUAUAGUUUCGGAUCACGGAGGGGUAUUUUCAGGGAUAAGGUCAAGACUACCUUUUGAAAAAUGAAGAUUUGGAGCACGGAACAUGUUUUCAGUUACCCAUGGGAGACGGUGAUCAAGGCUGCCAUGAGGAAGUACCCAAAUCCUAUGAACCCUAACGUGGUCGGGGUGGACGUGCUGGAUCGCAGUCUGGAUGAAGUGGGGCGCCUGCACAGUCACAGACUCCUCAGCACAGAGUGGGGCCUCCCGGGCAUUGUGCGAGCGAUUCUGGGAACCAGCCAUACGCAGACAUAUGUGAAGGAACAUUCCAUAGUCGACCCAGAGAAGAAAAAGAUGGAGCUGUGCUCAACAAAUAUUACUCUCACCAACCUGAUUUCAGUGGAUGAGAGGCUUCUUUACAGACCACACCCAGACAACCCUGAGGUUACCAUCCUGACCCAGGAGGCCAUCAUUACAGUCAAGGGAGUGAGUCUAAGUAGUUACCUGGAGGGGAUGAUGGCUAGGAGAAUGUCAGCUAACGCCAGGAAGGGUUGGGAUGCUAUUGAGUGGAUUAUUCAGAACUCUGAAAGAGAGAACGUACCAUUGUGACAUUUACUAACUCUGGUAACUCUUCUCUUUCCUUUCCUUUGCACCUUUGUCUUUAAGUCUUACCAGAUUGUUAUAAGCAUGCCACUCCUUUUUUUUCCUUGCUCAAAACCACAAAAAUCAAAAGUCUUAUUUUUGUGUAUGCAUGUGUCACAUAAUGCUCAGUGGUCAUUUGUUUGCAGACACAGAACUGCAGUUAUACAGUGAUGACCACUUUCUCUGGCUUCACCACAAUAAACUACUGGGGAUCCUCAGCAUCUCAGGAUUCUCUGCAGUUGGUACUUAUACCGUCUGGGAGGUUUUGUGGAUGUUCACCCCACACCGCAUCUCUCACCUCUGGAACGCAUGCGCUGGGAGUUCAGACAGACAGUGAAAUGGUGCCAAAGCUGAAUGGUUAUCAACGUGUGUUAGAGUUGGAUUUAAGGGGUGUUGCUCCAAGUCUGGUAGGUGUGGCUCAAUGCUAACUCAGUACUCAAUAACCCAUUAACAACUAUUCUAAUUAAGGCAGGUGAGGAGAACAUGACAGUUUCCUUCCGUGAGUUAAACAAGCUCUCUAAAUAAAAAGAAGGGUGCUGCUGUCAAGGAGUUGCAUAAACAUCAUGAGCCUACCAGACUUAACUGGUUUGAAUAUAAUGAUCAUACCCCACAUUUCCUUUGCUCUCAUGUCUUAUCUUAGCAUACUGUGGAAGAGAUGCAGAAGAGGGAUGCAGGAGGCAUACGCACACAACUUUUUAGAAAGCAAUGUAAAGACAAUAUGCAACAAACUUCAUAACUUUUAUUUGAAGUUAUGUAACUCUUCUGUAAUGUCAAACACUGGUGACUCCUAUAGCAGGAGUUCAAAUCAGAAAGUUGUUACUGGUGCUUAUUAUGUGUUUCAAGAGGCACAAACUGUAGAUGAUAUGUUUGCAUGAUAGUAGUAAAAAAAGGGGGGGGGUUAUUAAAGAAAAUAGUGUGGUAGCUAGCUAGCCAGGUAGCUAGAUAUAAAAUUGCUAAUGCAGCUUUAGAUAGAUAGGAAUUCAAAGAAAUUCUAAUGUUUUUCUCAGAAAAAAAGAUAGGAAUGUACUAUUAACAUUGCCACAGUACAGUAGCACCUUUUUGAUGUAAAACUGAUGGGUAAUAUUGCCUUAAACCAGCAGAUUUGUAACUGGGUUAAUGAGGAAUAUGAGGAUGAUAUAUUCAGCUUUUGUGAUCAGUAUAGUAAAAAGAUAGAUUGACUCUCUCUGUGGGCAGCAUUACCUAUUUAUAUGGCCUUAAAAUGAUGCCUGUGUAUUAUUGCUAUCAUUCAUGCCUUUGCCAGUCUCACACAUCAUGCUGUCAAAUGUUGACCUACUCUGUAAAAGUUACCUGUACACCCUGAGGAGCGGUGCAGUACUGUAUGUACAAUGCUGCAGUGGGAGACGCACACAAUUACAAUGACAUGUGCUAAAUCAUAUUUGUUGGUAAAAAUUAAUAUUUACAUAACAUUUGUAUAAAUAUUAUUUAUUUAAAAACAUUGUGUAACCAGCAUUGAAUUAUUACAUUGUUUACACUGUCAGAGCAUCAUGCAAAAAUUUGUUUUUUUAAUUUGCUAUUUUAAUUUUGUUUCAACUUCAACCAUUGUCCUACUGCAACAAUUAAAACAACUGUUUGAGAAAAUUACA